AUGGCGAAGAGUUUGACUUCAUCUCAAAUUUCUGAUGUACAACGGAAGGUGCUACUUGAAAAGAAGAAGAUGGCUAACGUUGCCAAAGAGUACAAUGUGUCGCCGAAAACGAUCAACCGAUUUAGUUUUGAUGAAAACACACCGCCGAACCAGCAAUCCACAGAAGUUAGGAAGCAGCAGAUUAACUUGACAGUGCAGCAGAAGAGAGAUAUUCUGACAAAAAUUGACAAAGGAGAAAAAACGCAGGAUUUAGCCGUGAAGUACAGUGUUGAUCCCUCGACUAUCCGGAGAAUCAAGACGAGCAGAUCGGCGAUACUGAAGAGAGCCCAAGAAUUGGAUGAUAGCCAGCAAUUCAAGCAGCUGCGCGCCGCAGGAGUUCCAGUAACGGGUGAUCUUCUCAAACUCAAGGCUUUGGAGGUCAAUAAAAUCAUCGGAGGACCAAGUGACUUCAAGGCAAGCAACGGUUGGCUGGAUCACUUCAAGAAAACGUACGGCAUCCGUCAAUUAUCGAUGCAAGGUGAAAAACUGUCGUCUGACACUACUGCGGCAGACGAAUUCAAGAUAUGGCUCCAAAAUCAUCUUCGAGAAAAUGGCUACGAAGAAGAUCAAGUUUACAAUGCCGAUGAAACUGGUGCGCAUUACAAAUCAUUGCCAAAGAAGACAUUAGCAGCUGGCACUGAAAAACAGGCAUCGGGAUUUAAGGAGCUGAAAGAGCGUGUGACAGUGAUGUGUUGCGCUAAUGCAUCGGGCACACACAAAAUCACUCCUUUGAUUAUCGGCAAAUCAAAAAAUCCGAAAUGUUUUGCGAAGUUCGAGAAAGAGAAGUUGCCGGUAACAUACAUGAACUCCCCGUCAGCUUGGAUGGAUAGGAAACUAUUCAUGGAUUGGUUCAAAGACGUUUUCAUCAAGGAGGUACACGAGAAACAUCCAGAAGGCCGAAAGGUUUUAUUACUGCUUGACAACGCUCCGUCGCAUCCGCCUGCUGCUGAGUUGAACGCAAUCGAUGAUACAGUACAGGUGUUAUUAUUCUUGCCUGCAAACGUGACAGCCCUGAUUCAACCUAUGGAUCAGGGGGUUAUUGAAAAGAUGAAGAGAAUGUUCAGAAAGAAGCUGCUACGAGAGCUGAUUCUGCAGCAGGAAGGAGAAAGUAUUAUCAAGUUGGCUAAAAAGCAGACAGUUAAAGAUUGCUGCUACCAAAUUGCGAGCUCUUGGGACUUGGUGACUGAGCAGGACCUUCGCAAUUCUGUUCCUGAAUAUGCUGACUGCACUUUUGAAGUUGCAAAAAAUUGGAUCGUCGAGGACUAUCAAGUGAAUGGAUGGAAAAUUUUAGAUGUCCAAGAAAUUUACGAAAGAUUUACAUCGUCAAAUCAAGUUGAAGGCGAAGAUUUAAGCGAAGAAAAUUCUAUUCAUGAAGAUGAAGAAUCAAGUGAGUCUCUUCCAAAGGAAAUUUCUACUGAAGAAGCUUUUAAUGGUCUGAUGAAAUUCAGAGCGUGGUUUGAAAGGAGAUUUGAAUCAACUUCAACCCAUCUGAACAAUAUUCAAGAACUCAUGGAUAUUACAAUGGAUAUUUACAAUAGUGCAGUAUAA